GAAUAUUACUUUGUUUUCCGAAUGAAUUCAGUGAUUUGACAACUUUUCUUGAAAACGCUGAGCAAAUGAAAUAUGAUGUAUGCGUUAUAAUCGUUGUACUUCAACAUUUUUUAAAAGCUUAUCAAUUUUACAAACACUAGUUUCUGAUUCUUGCCUUGUAUUCAUUCAAUGUGCUUAUACGCUUAUUUGCCCAGAGUGGAUUAUUAUUGGAAUUUUCUGAUUGGUCAAUGUUUGAUUUUAUUAUUAUUCACAUACGUACACGUAUCAAUCUAAUUGAAACUAGCAUUUUUUUUUCUGAUUCAUUCAUAAAUAUCAGUUACUAUUAUCCUUGUAGAACUUAUAUGUUUAUAGUAAAACAAGUGAUCAUGUAAUAUUUGGCGCAAAUUUUAAAACGCUAUUACGUAACGGCGAUAUUACAUAUAUUCCUAGGAGAAAAUCUAUCAAAUAAACCAUUUCAGUUAUAUGAAUACUGUAUAAACUCUCUCAGACUAAGAAUAUGUAUAAGACACUUUCUAUCGAGUCAUUCAUUUUGAUGCAAUGAUGGUGUCUAAUUCCUUCAAUUAUUUUCAAGUCUAUACAUAAUUGUCAAAUUAUUUUGUGAAAAUGGAUAAAAGAGAUGUAUUCAGAUUUAUUGCGUAUACUAUUCUACAAGUUUUCAUAUUAAACAUACCAAUUAUAGAAGUGACACGAACUGUACACGAAACAAAGAUGAAUAUUUCAGUUAGAAAUGGUUCAACAGCUGAAUUAUCCUGUCCAAUAGAUAUUAUCUUAAACAGAAAGGAAUUGGAUACAUUAACAUGGAUUCGAUCACCAAGACAACUUCUAACCAAAGGUGUUUUCAGAGUCACAGAAAAUCAGAGAAUAUUUUUAGCACCAAUGGAUCUCUUGAAGACAAAAGCUUUAAGCUUAUAUCUAAGACCAACUUUACCGGAAGAUAAAGGAGAAUACAGAUGUACGUUAACUUUGAAGGAUGCAAUUCAUGUUCACACAGUUUUCCUUAAUGUAUCAGUGCCUCCGACAAUAAUUAAAUCUCCUGUCCCAUACCUUAAAGUUGAUGAAGGUGCAGUAUUAGAAUUAAACUGUUUAGCCAAUGGAGAUCCACCACCUCAAGUAACUUGGAAAAUUCAUUCUAAUCCCCUGGUAACAGAAGAUAAAGGUGAACAUAAAUUAUUAUCAAUUUAUGAAGCAUUUUCUGAACUAGGAGUGCCUAUUAAUCAUAAUAAUGGAACAUUAGUUAUUGGCAAAUUACACAGGAAAAUGAAUCGACGCUUUGUCUGCUUAGCAACAAAUGGCGUUCAACCGGAUGAUCAACGUGAAGUAUUUUUAUCAGUUCGAUUUUCACCAGAAGUCAAAAUGACCAAUCGUGUUAUAAAACAAGGGAUCGGUAUGAAUACAGUAUUAACAUGUCAAGUGAGUGCACAUCCACCUGGAUCAAUACGAUGGCUUUUCAAUCAUCAUUAUCCUAUAGCAGCUUCAAGUUGUGAUGUGAUGACAAAUGCGGAGAAAAAAUACUGUCUACAGGAACACAGACCACAAUCUUACAACAGCUUAUCACCGAUUACAUCAAAAUUGGCUAUCUUUAAUUUACAAGCAGAAGAUUUCGGUGAUUAUGUGUGUUCAGUUAGUACAAUUAUGGGUGAAGCAUUUGGUGUGACAACUUUGCAAAGAUUUAAAAAUACACGUUUUGGCUCUGAUCUACUACAAAUAAGUAACUUUAUCAUUGAUUCAACUUUAGGGCACCAAAAGCAAAUUGAAAGAUCAACAGACAAAGAGGUGAUCACCAAUAGGGUGUUCAACAACAAUUCUAAAUACGAGACAUACCUAAAACACCUUGGAUUACAGGAGAAAUUUGAAGCCCGUCGAAAACCAAUAAGUCUACAUAAAAGACUUUCAAACACUGCAUCAAUUAAUUUAGCCCAAAUCAAGUUAAUUCUACUAUUCCAUAUUCUAUAUAUCAUUGGAUUACACUUAACAUCAUGAAUGAUAUGCAUUUUCAUCGUUCUUCAAACAAAAACGCAAGGUACAUACAAACUGUUGGGUCAUUUCACGCAUACUGUUAUUGGUAAACAGAUACAAUCUGAGUACACCAGAAUAACAUUUUCACUUUCUAAUUGUAAAUGAUAAACAUAUUUGCCUAACAGGCGACAUAAUAUGUGUAAUUAAUUAAGCGAAGCAGUUUUUUUUAAAUAUAUACAUAUUUAG